CGGGAAUUUGAGCGAGCUGCUCUCAGCGUUGGAUUUACCGCGUCAUGUCGGAAAGCAGUUCAGCUGCACCAAAUGAAUACUUUCUAGAGGUUGCCAAAGCCCAGAUAGAAGCAGUGGAGAUGCCGGGUUGUGUUCGAACCACGGACCUUCCGAUCGUGCUACUGCAAGACUGGGUGGGCUCGAACCCUAGCCUCAUGCUUGCGGAUGAACCGAUUGAGGUAGUAGACAAAUUUGUCUACCUGGGCAGCUGUAUCAGUCCCGGUGGUCUCGCGAAAGAUGAUAUUUCCAUCCGUAUUGGGAAGGCCAGAGCAGCUUUUGCGAACCUACGUCACCUGUGGCGUAGGCGUGACAUCAGUUUCCCUGUCAAGGGUCGGGUUUACAAUGCUGCGGUGCGCUCCAUAUUACUAUAUGGAUCAGAAACCUGGCCACUGCGCGCCGAGGACGUCAAAAGACUUUCAGUGUUUGACCAUCGAUACCUUCGGAGAAUUGCCCGAAUCUGGUGGGAACACCGGAUCAGCAAUUCUGAAGCACGUCGAAUGAACGGAAUCCCUGAUACUCAGCGUAUCCAAAGGCUGGACGAUGGUACGAUAGAAGUUACGGACACCCUUUCGAAACAGGAUUACUACCGUAGUCUUCGACGUCCACUCGAAGGUCUGCCGGAUGGUCCAAAUACUUUGGGCCUCGCGAGUCAACUCAGUCUUGACAUUGGUCAACCUGGAACCUUAAAGCCUUUCAAGAAGAGUGAGGCAACUUUGGAAUACAAAACUUCUGGUCGGGAAGAAACGUGCCAUGUGUUAAUGCUGGAGGGUGUGGAACGAAUAUUUACAAUAGAUCAUAACGCUUACGGACAGCAUUUGUUUGACAUGGUCUGCAAUGCCUUGGACUUACGAGAGCGACAUUACUUUGGAAUGACUUAUAGAGGAACUCCACGAACAGACUACUGGUUGGACUUGAAUAAGAAAUUAUCAAAACAGUUAGAAAAACAACCUUGGAAGUUGGAAUUCCACAUCAGGUACUACCCGCUCGACAUUGACGGAUUCGAGGACGACUUGACGCGAUAUUGCCUGUGUCUACAAAUCCGACAAGACAUCAUAUCCGGACAACUCCCAUGUUCCUUCCAAACCUACGUCGUGCUUGGAGCCUACGCAGUCCAGUCUGAAGCGGGUGACUACGACCCUCAAACUCAUGGUGGUAUUGAAUACAUUUCCAACAUGCCGUUUGCGCCUCAGUCCCUCCAGACACCUCAGAUGCUUCAAAGAAUUACCGAGCUUCACAAACUGCAUAGGGGUCAAAGUCCUGUCCAAGCGGAUCGUGGUUUUUUGGAGAAUGCACGACGUCUGGCCUUAUAUGGCGUGGAAUUCCAUAAAGUUAAAACUCCUCUAAAUGAGAACGUCUCCAUCGGAGUCUAUCACAGUGGAAUACUAGUUUAUCGCGGACGAGUCCGAAUUGGCAGAUUCCCCUGGCUUCAGCUGGUCAAAUUAUCCCACAAAUCGAAAACCUUUAGCAUCACCAUUCGUGCUGUAAAUAUUGAUCCACGCAUUCGUGUUGCAUUCCUUUUGAAACCCACCACGGGUGUUCUUGGAACCAGGAAAAAGGCAACUACUCAGGACGACGACCUAUAUCAGUUGUGCACCCUCAAUUGUCAGUGUGCUGAUGCCAGAUUGGCGAAACGGCUCUGGGAAUCAUGUGCAUCUCAGCAUGCGUUCUUCAGACUUCGUGAUUCCCCAACGCCCCAGAGACCCAAUUUGACCACUCUGUUCAACUCUCGAAAAUACCAUUAUCCGGACAAAGGCAUCUGCGGUUCCGGCACAGUCUUUCCUUCCUCUGAUCCGACGAAGCGCAAACAACCAAGAAUAAACCGAGUUCAGACACAGCGUAAACCGGCACAGUUUGCCUCAGAUGGUGUUGCUCCUGUAGCAUACAGUGAAGAUCCUGAUCAAUUCUACAUUCUUCCGGGUUCGCCAUCGCCUCUUCCUGCUAAUGCGGUCAACGUCAACGUACUUCAAAAUUUGCCACCGGCUUACAGGAGGAGGCCAGGUGCCACUAGAGUACCCCUUGCCCAGGAGUACUGGCGGAUGUCGCCAGCCGAUUGUACGCCUGGGCUGGGAAUGAACAGUGAUGGGACCGACGUUGCAGCAAUGGCCAAUACGGAUUGGCAGGGCUGCCGAUGUAAUCGUGGUGUUAAAUGGCCCGGUGCGUACUUCUUUGAGGCAAUUAUGAUUGAAGAGGGUUCAGUUCGACUUGGCUGGUCCACAAACAACGCAAACCUCAUUCUAGGUACCGAUUCAAAUGGAUUCGGCUACGGAGUGGAUCAAGAUGAUCCUAAGAAACUUGUCAGACCAAACCCGAGCGGCCUAUUAUUUCACGGUAACGUGCCAGAACAGUAUGGAUUGAAUGUGUCUCCCGGUGACUGUAUCGGAUGUUACUUGGAAUUGGAUUCUGACGGAAAACGGCUUUCCGCACAAUGGAGUCACAAUGGCCAAUUGCUUGGUCCAGCUCCUCUUAGAAAACCAUGUUCAAUCUCGGUGAACGAUUCACUGUUCCCUGCUGCGUCGCUGAAGGAUGCUCGUGUGGCUUUUAACUUUGGUUACAGGCCAUUCCGAUUUCCUCCCACGCACUAUUCAACCAGUGGAGCUCCAUGGGUUCCGGUUGCAAACACACCCGAAGUCAACCGGGUAGGAAACCGCAAUGUCGGCUGGCGGGUGAACCCGGCCGACGUUAGCUCUAGCACAAACCUCCUGAUAUCUCCCAACGGACGAAUGGUUCAAGCAGUGGCAAACACUGGGUGGCAGGGCUUCCGCGUCAAUAAAGGCAUUUGUGGUGGAGGAAAAUACUACUACGAAGUCAAGGUAAUGGAGGACUCCGGUUUGGCCCGAAUCGGCUGGUCUUUGGACGGCGCCAAUCUAGACCUCGGCUACGAUGCAUUUGGUUACGGAUUCGGUGCCGACCGGGACGGAUUUGGAAUCACCGGGCACCAAGGCAAAAAACUGCAUGGUGAUGUAAUCGAGAAUUAUGGUGAAGCCUUUGGAAAGGAUGACGUUAUCGGGUGUUUCCUGGAUCUGGAUACUGGUGUGGUUCAGUGGUCUAAAAAUGGUCGUCUGUUUGGCAGUGCCUACUGGCUACCUGAACAGUUCCUCAAACAAGGUGACCCCAUCUUCCCUGCUGCGUCCCUGGUAGAUACCACUCUGGAACUAAACUAUGGUGAUCUUCCCUUUGAAUUUCCUCCUGAGACCGACUGGUUACCGCUUUUCGCUGCUCCCGAUGAAAAUGUCGUUGAAUCCUCCACAUGGCAAAAUCUGCGUGCAGUUGAGCGUCAAGAGAAGGAGAUACACAAAUCCUAUCUUCGCAUGGAACACCAGCGCGCGUGUCCUGAACCUCCUAGACGGACAAGCUCCCGGAUCCCCCAAACAACUGCAAAUGGAAUAGCAAAGGCGAUUCGGAUGCAACGAAAUGGAGAUUCUAACCAUUUGGGUUGGACUGAUCCCGCCACAUCGGGUUGGAUGCAAGAAGACGAAGUCCACUCAUUUACUGGGAAAGAUUUAGACGAUUUAUCUGCGGAUGAUGUUGAACCGAUCCCGGUUAGUCCUAACGGACCAACAGAGCACACUGCUGACCCUCGAGUGAUAGCCGGAUUUACUGGGAAAGAUUUAGACGAUUUAUCUGCGGAUGAUGUUGAACCGAUCCCGGUUAGUCCUAACGGACCAACGGAGCACACUGCUGACCCUCGAGUGAUAGCCGGAAUUAAUGGAGGAGGUGUCAGUGUGGAUGCUGACAAAGCUCUGAACGCUGCAAUUCUGGCAACAACAGGUUUAAACCCUGAUUCGGUUGUUCUGCGGGACUCCAUGGGUGUCACGGCUCGAAGCAAUGGUUACGCCUAGAUCAGACAGUACCUAUCACAUAUCCCUGUAUUCCCACUUUCUAACAAGGAUCUUUGGCUUAUACAACUUGUUUGAAUUAAGAGACGAGCAUUUUUUCCAUCCCGCCCCCUCGGUCACAUAUGACUGACUAUUUCUCCGGUUCUUUCAACGCCACAUUCGAUUAUGAGUGCGACGAGAGAGCUGUAUUGACUACGAACCUAGAAUUCUCUCCGGAUUUUCUAAACGUACAUUUGUAUCACAUAUCACGAUACUUGAGUCCGGAUACACGUUUUUUACGGAAAAUUUGGUUAUCCGUUAUGCGUCUGCUUACGCAUAAAACUCCAUCCAAAAUCAAAUACAUCUUCCAUUUGUCCAAACUUUUAUGGAAAGACGCUCCUGGAUCGAUGCUUAUUUCAAGUGGUUUAAUUAUAUUCCAACACUUUUGUCUGAAACUCAUGUAUAGCCAUCUAUUCAAGCACUCUCUUUUCUACCACGUCACUUUGCAUUCUUUAACUUGCUUCUUCAGUCAUCCGAAACAAAACACUAAUUUUGAUCUUUGAUUAAAAACUGUAGCAAAGAUUUUCCCCUCUCCUAUAUAUGCUGUUUACAUUCUAGACAGCGUUCGAUCAUAUCAGACCCUCCCUGACCACACAAAUGGGUAACCCACUUAUCCGCCCGGAGAUUCGCACCAUCCCAAUGUGCUUCCAUUACGUGACAUGCACCGUUACUCCUUCAUAAUACAUUUUCAUUUUGUAUGCACAAGUAUAUAUGAUUUAAAAAGCGAA